AUGACUGACUCUGCUGGCUUGCACUUGCUGGUGGAUUCUUCUUGGCACGGCGCAACUUUUCUCUCUUCUGCCACAAAGAUAGACGGUGAUGAACGCUCGUCACUUGGUUGGAUACUGGACCGAGACGGAAACCAGCAAGGAGGCUGUAAGUCGGUUGCGCAGACAGGAGUAACACCCUUUUGCAGGAAGAGACAGAAUAUGGUCGAUGCGUUGCGUGGUGUUGCGUUCGAGGCGACAGAGCGGUGUCCUCAGUGGUCAUCUGCCACGGAUCAGACCCAUAGUGGCUAUCCAAUCGACCCCGUCACCAUAGAAAUAUGGGAGGUUGAACCUGCGUUGAUAGUGCAGAUUGCGUCUGGUCAUUACUUCUUCCAGAACUUCUCCCAGCAUUUGGCACAAACGCAGGUUAUCGAUCGACUGGUGAGCCCGUUUGGAGUAGACAAUGCGGUUAAGCGGGCGCUUGCUCCCGGCGGCCUGGUCACCCCCAAUCCUUGUACAAGUAUCAGUUAUCCGUUGGGGUUAUGA